UAUGCGUUUUUCAGGCGAUGCUAUCAGAGUGACGUAUAAUGUAGUGGACGGGACGCUUCUUCAACAACAUCUAGUCAGCCACCUCGGUAGCUUCCUAGCGGAAACGUUCAAGCUGUUCAGACUGCUUCGGUCUAUAUUUACUUCUGUAUUUGGAACAUAAUUCUGUCUUUUAACUAGUUUCCCCAUUUCAUGUCAUAUUUCCGUUUAGUCAGGUAACGGUAGCUGGCUUGAUAAAUGAACCUAUCACUAGGCUAGUCGCUAACAUCCCCGACCAUGAGCUCAGCAAGCUACUGCCCUCCUGCUAAAAAAGAGGUCUGCUGGAAGGAGGAAGAAGGUAUUUGGCUGAACGUUGUCGUGAAAGAGGAGAAUGAAGAGGAGGAUGUCACAGUAAACGAAGAAGUAGAGGGUGAGGCUGUUACACAGAAAGAAGAGGAAGAAAAUGAUUAUACUUUUUUUGGAGUGAAUGAAGGAGAGAUAACUGUCAUAUUGAAGGAGGAGGAGAGGGAAGAAGAGGAGGAGACAGAAGAUCUGAGGAACACCAGAGAGAGACCAGACUCUCCUUCUGACAGCAGGAAGAGUCCUUCAGGGAAACCAGACCCCGAGACGUCCAAACCAGCAGGACGACAUCACUGCUCCCAGUGUGGAAAGAGUUUUACUCAGUUAGGGAGCCUGAGAACACAUAAGAGAAUACACACUGGAGAGAAGCCUUACCACUGUUCCCAAUGUGGAAUGUCGUUUACCCAGUUAGGGAGCCUGCAAACGCAUGAGAGGGGACACACAGGGGAAAAGCUUUUCCAAUGUUCCCAUUGUGGAAAGAGUUUUGGCCAGGUAGGAAACCUGAACAAGCAUGAGAGGACACACACAGAUCUCCAGGCUCAAAGCGUCAGUCCACCAGCUGAAUACUCAGUCAGACUGGUGGAUGGGACAACUUCCUGUUCUGGGACAGUGGAAGUCUUCUAUGAAGGAGAGUGGUCAGGUCUAUGCAAUAGGUGGUGGGACAUGAUGAGAGAGGUUAAGGUUGUGUGUAGAGAGCUGGACUGUGGGAAUCCUGUAGCUGAAUCUAGAGGACCUCUGGUUGAAUAUGGAAGAAGAGGAGUCACACCAUAUAUUAGUUGCUAUGGACAUGAGUCUUCUAUUAGACAGUGUGACAUCACAGGAGGACCUGGUUUCUGUGAUGGUGAAUAUUAUCGUCAUGUGACCUGUUCAGAGUCUGUGCGGCUUGUGGAUGGAGCUGGUCUCUGCUCUGGGAGAGUGGAGGUGAAGUCCAAUCAGUCCUGGGCCUCAGUGUGUGAAGCUGACUUUGACUGGCAGGAUGCAGAGGUAGUCUGUGGGGAGCUUGGCUGUGGGGCUCCUGCAGCUCUACAGGGGGGGCUCUAUGGAGAAGGUGAGGGUCAGACCUGGGAUAAAGAGUUCCAGUGUAAAGGCAAUGAGUACCUUCUCCUGGACUGUGACACCUCAGACAGAGAGAACAACACCUGCCUACCUGGUAAUGCUGUUGGACUCACCUGCUCAAAGCCUGAUGAUGUGAGGCUGGUGGGAGGAGGCAGUCGCUGUGCUGGUGGAGUGGAGGGGUACGACCAGGGAGCUUGGAGGACUGUGGGAACUCAAGACUGGGAGCAGGAGGAUGUAGCUGCAGUAGUGUGUAGACAGCUGGGUUGUGGCUCCACUGUUUCAGUACCACCUGGAAUCACCACUAGAGGGUUUAGAGUUUACUGUUAUGGUCCUGAGUCUUCACUGAGGGAGUGUGGAAGAUCAGAUGAUCUCCUUCCUGGACUCACAGUGAUCUGCUCAGAUCUCCUGGUCCAGCCUGACAUCUUCCUGGCUGACUCAAUGGGAGGGGUCUCCAGGGGCCACCAGGGGCCCGAGGUGUUCAGGGGCUACAGCUUCACCAUCACCUGCUCCACUCAGCCACAGUACCCAGGAGGCUCCUUCCUCCUCACGUUCACCGGCUCCACCAGAACCCAGACCCAGCUAGCUGUCAAUCACUCUGCUGCCUUCCUCUUCCCUGCUGCAGAUGACUCCCACCAAGGGAACUACAGCUGUGUUUAUGACAAUUAUGUUUUCGCUCAUAACUUCUCCUCUGAGAGCGAGCUCCUCUCCCUCACCAUCACAGCCUCUCCUCUGCCAGCCUUCAUCAUCAGACACGUUGUAGUGCUGCUGAUCCUACUGACAACAAUCACCAUCUCCUACCUGUACUACAAGCCCACCAGGAGGCAGAAGAGAGUGAACAGGGUGAGCAGCAUGGAUCUUUAUGUCAAUGCCAUGGAGAUGGUCUCUCUGAGCUCCAGAGCUGAAGCUGGACUGGGAGAUGAGAGAGAGGCCCAGGGGACGGAGUAGGAGUAGAAUGAAGCUGACCCUACAUGCUGAUAUUAGGUCAGUUUUGUGUUUUAAAUCGAUGGUCAGCAGUGGACUGGUGUUUAAAAUGUGGUGACAAACCUGAAGUGGUUCUAAUUUUAAUAACAAGUUCAGAAUUAGUUUCUCUUUCUAGAACCUUGGAAUAAAUCUAAAAGGAGUGACUGCAACCACCAUUAUUCAUUUAGUUUGGUUUUUACCACCAGAGAAACAUGGGGUUUUGGGUAACAUGGUGUUUGGGUAACAUGGGGUUUUGGGUAACAUGGGGUUUUGGGUAACAUGGGGUUCUGGGUAACAUGGGGUUUGG